UUAAAUAUCAGUCACGCCUCGGAUAGAUCUUUAGAGGAAUCGCAAACCCACAGGAAAAAACAGCCCAUUUCCCAUCAUUUCCAUCGUCUACCGCGACUUGACAACAGGAAUUUAGAAUUACGUCUUUAAACAUCGACAUUUAGUUUGCUCCCAUCCAGGUCAUUCUGAGUGACACCAUGCCUGAACAAAGCAAUGAUUACCGGGUGGUUGUGUUUGGAGCUGGAGGAGUGGGCAAAAGCUCCUUGGUCUUGCGCUUCGUGAAGGGAACCUUUCGCGAGAGCUACAUCCCCACUGUCGAGGACACCUACAGACAGGUGAUCAGCUGUGACAAGAGCAUCUGCACGCUGCAGAUCACAGACACCACGGGCAGUCACCAGUUUCCUGCCAUGCAGCGUCUGUCCAUCACCAAAGGACACGCCUUCAUCCUAGUGUACUCCACCACCAGCAAACAGUCUCUGGAGGAGCUCAAGCCCAUCUUCGAGCAGAUCUGUCUGAUUAAGGGGGACAUCGAGAGCAUCCCAAUCAUGCUAGUGGGCAACAAGAACGACGAGGUGAGUGCUCGUGAAGUGGAGAGCAGUGACGGAGAGGCCAUGGCCAGGAAGUGGAAGUGUGCCUUCAUGGAGACGUCAGCUAAGACAAAUCACAACGUUAAGGAGCUGUUUCAAGAGCUGCUUAAUUUGGAGAAACGCAGGACUGUUAGCCUUCAGAUCGAUGGCAAGAAGAGCAAGCAGCAGAAACGAGCCGAGAAGCUCAAAGGCAAAUGUGUGGUCAUGUGAAAAACCAAAACCAAAGUGUGCUCGGAAAACCCAAACGGUUUCACGUUCACGAUGCUCUGGCUAACACUGUUUACACCUGAAACACGUUUACCAAGGUACACUUUUACAGGAACAAGGAUUCAGUGAGACUUCAGAAAUCGUGGUAAACUUUUCUUCUGUAGAAUACAAAAGUAAAAAUUUUUGUAGAAUAUGCUGGCUGCUCUUUUACAUAUUACAAAUUAUACUAUAAAGUAGUUACUUAAGAAAUUCCAGCUCUUUCAAAUGUUUUCCUGUGGAGAAAUGCCUAAAGAAUUUGGAAGUUAUAAUUUUAGUCACAUAACUUCUCUUGCUUGUCACCGGUGUGAUUGUGAUGCUGCUGCACCAGAUUUGAGUAACCAACCUGUUAGCUGUACAUGACAAAAAAGACGGGCUGAUGUGCAUGAACCCAAUGACAGUACUGAUACCCUUUCUUUUACCAGUAAUAAUUGAAAAUGACAUUUCUUUUUAAAAGCAGUGAAGUCAGUCCUUACAGCACAGGCUGGGCUCCAGCAUAUUAAUGUACAGUAUAGCAGCAAAUUUAUCAUAUAUGGCAGUUCAUGAUCACAUCUAUCAGCUGAAUGGGAACAUGUUAAGGCAUGCAGCCAGUGGUGAAGGUAGAAGUCAACCAAAAUAAGCUAAAUGGUUGUUGCUGUGUUAGUUGUGCAAUUUAAUAUCAAAGAUUUAAGUAAGGCUGCUGUAUUUUAUUUUACUUCCAUAUGCGUUAGAUUUUAAGCUUAGGCUAUAGUUUUCUUUUUAGGCUUUUUUAUCUAUUAAUGUGCUUUUUGAAAAGGGAGUUGACUAUUUUCCUAGUACAGUAUUUGUAUCAAGGGAUAUUGUAGCAUGAAAUAUUACAUAAACAUGAAUUAAUUGAAAAACUUAAAUGAAAACUGC